AUGGAUUGUGCUCUAGAUUUGAUGCGAAGACUGCCGCCUCAACAGAUUGAAAAGAAUUUGACCGAUUUGAUCGACCUAGUUCCGAGCUUGUGUGAGGAUUUGUUAUCAUCCGUGGACCAACCUUUAAAGAUAGCACAGGACCGUAGCAACGGAAAAGAUUAUUUGCUGUGUGAUUAUAAUCGAGACGGGGAUUCGUACAGAUCACCAUGGUCCAAUACAUAUGAUCCACCACUUGAAGAUGGGUCAAUGCCCUCUGAGAGAUUAAGAAAGUUAGAAAUAGAAGCUAAUCACGCUUUUGACCAAUACAGAGAAAUGUAUUUUGAGGGUGGUGUAAGUUCUGUGUAUUUGUGGGACAUGGAUCAUGGAUUUGCUGGUGUGAUAUUAAUAAAGAAGGCUGGUGAUGGCUCUCAAAAGAUUAAGGGUUGCUGGGACUCAAUCCAUGUUGUGGAGGUGUUAGAGAAAAGUUCAGGACGUAAUGCUCAUUAUAAGUUGACAUCAACUGCCAUGCUAUGGCUGCAAACCAAUAAAGAAGGCAGUGGAACUAUGAAUCUUGGGGGAAGUCUAACUAGACAGGCUGAGCAAGAUACUGCCGUUAGUGAUGUGACACCACAUAUUGCCAAUAUUGGUAGAAUGGUAGAAGACAUGGAGAACAAAAUACGUAACACACUGAAUGAUAUAUAUUUUGGUAAAACGAAAGAUAUAGUAAACGGUUUGCGUUCAACUGUACCGGCUAAUGUGGCUCGGCAAAAAGCAGCCCUGCAACACGAUCUUGCUGAAGCUCUUCUUCAACGACGCCAAUUGACACGUGCUGACUGA